AUGGGGAAGCGGAAAGGGCGGGCGGUGGCGGGGGUUGCUGCGGGGAGCGGGCUGAUGAGGAGGGAUGAGAUUGUGUUUGCGCGGACGGUGGGGGGAAGGAGACGGCGCCUCCCCCCUGCUCCUGUGUGGGUAGGCAAGGAGGGUGAUAAGCGGUCGGGAGGCGGUGAAGGGAGAGAGCCGUUGCUCAAGUACGAGCGGAUGGAGGGGGACGUGAGCGAGGUGCUCAAGACGGCCAUCCCCACGUGCGUGGCGCUCUCUGCGCAUGGCUUGAUUGCGCUGGGCACCACGGAGGGCACUCUGCAUGUCGUCGACCACCAUGGCCGACAGGUGAAGACCUACGACCCACACGUGGGAGCCGUGACAGACGCGGUCUUCGACUCCACCUCCUCGCACCUCGCCACCUGCUCAGACGACGGCACCGUCGUCAUCCGCUCCCUCAACCUCCCUCCCCACCUCACCACCCCACCUCCCCUCUCCUCCUCCCCAUCCUCCUCCUCCUUCUCCUCCUCCGCGUUCACUGCAUCCUCCCCACCGGCUUCUCUCUCCGCUGCUGUGGCUGCGGCGUCCUCUGGGGUAGAGACGGUGGAGCGGUUUGAGUACCAUCGCCCGCUCAGGUCGCUUGCUCUUGAUCCCGCGUUCGGUGCUGUGUGGCGCACGCGCCAGUUCGCCACGGGGGGCGUGGCGGGGGAGCUUAUAUUGAGUGCUGCACACGGGGGAGGGCGCCAUCACGGUGGUGUGGUGGAGGGGCACGUACCUCCUCCUUUUCAGCCCUCCUCACUCGUUCUCCCUUUUUCCCCUUCUCCCCAACCCCCCGUCUUCAAUCUCCCUGCCCCCCAGGUGCUGCACACGGGGGAGGGAGCCAUCACAGUGCCCCAGCCCCUCCGUGCUGCCUCCACACCUCUUCUGGCGGGUCCGUGCCUGCCUGCCUGCCUGCCUGCUUGUCUGUUUGCCUGCCUGCCUGCCUGCCUUCCUACCUGCCUGCCUACCUUUUUCUUUGUUUGCCUGCCUGCCUGCCCUCCUGCUCGCGCUCCUGCUUGCCCUCCUGCUUCCCCUCCUGCUUCCCCUCCUGCUUCCCCUCCUGCUUCCCCUCCUGCUUGCGCUCCUGCUUGCCCUCUUGCUUGCCCUCCUGCUUCCCCUCCUGCUUCCCCUCCUGCUUCCCCUCCUGCUUCCGCUCCUGCUUCCCCUCCUGCUUCCCUUCCUGCUUCCCCUCCUGCUUGCCCUCCUGUUUUUUUUCCUGCUCCCCGGCCAACUCUAAGCGCCAGCUCCUGCAGCAGCAGCAGCAGCCGCAGCAGCAGCAGCUGCAACAGCGUCAGCGCUCGCUCCCCCUCCACCCCCACCACGCACCAGCUUCUCUCCCUGUCUAGCUCCUCCGGUCAUCUCUCUCUGCCGGCUGCUGCUGCUGGGCUGCUUGCCUCCUCGCCUCUCUCCGGCUCGCGCUCCCCGUCCCACCAUUCCCUCGCUUCUCCUCUCACUCCCCCCACUGUCUCCUCCCCUUUGGCUGCUGGGCCCCUCACUCUGGCUCUCAGGCCCGAGGUGCGCCUGGUGUCUCUCAAGGACCACGAGCUCUCAUCUGACAUCCUCUCCCUCAGAGGCUUUGAGCGUCUGCAGGCUGCAGAUUACUACCUUGCACACUCUCCCCUCUGUGACAUUAGAGCUUUUGUUCCCUGGUGCCCGCCCGCCCAUCCCUCCCCUCCAUUUGACCACUCUCUCUCUCCCUUCCAUCUCCUCCCAUCCCUCAGCCCUUUUUUUUUCAUCUUGUUCCCUUCACUAGCAACACAUGGCACACCUUGUGCCAUGCUCCAAUUCACCCAUCCCCCCACCCCCCUGUUCCCCCCGCUCCAUGCACAAUGUCAACUGUCUCCCUGUGCUUCUGGCCCUAUGUUCUCCUCCCCUCCUGUCCUCCUUCACCCCUGUCCCUCCUCUCCCCCUGUCUUCCUCUCCCUUUUUCCUCCUCUCCCACUGUCCUCCUCUCCGCCUGUCCCCCUGUCGAACAUGAUGCCCUCGUCUAAGGUGGGGCAGCAGCAGCAGCAGCAGGGAGGCUUUUUGAGGCGCCUCAAAAUUUCUCUGCACUUCAUUCGUAUCUGGCACAGGGGCAUGAUGCCCGCGUUUGAGGUGGGGCAGCAGCAGCAGGGAGGGAGCACCUGGUGCCUUGUCGUUCCACUCAACGGCACUCGCACUCCCCUCUCCCUGCAUCUCUCCCUGCUCUCUCUCCCUGCCUUGUGGGCCCACACGCACGUCCUCCCUCCCACGUGCACGCACGCAUACCAUGACCCCACCAGGUGGGGCAGCAGUACCUGGACUGGAGCACCUCAUGCAGCAGCACACGUACCGUACCACACCGGGCCGCUGCUCUGCCCCAAGCGUCAUCUCGUGGGGCAGCAGUACCUGGAGCAUCUGAUAGCGCAGCGCAGGUACCACCAGGCCGCUGCUCUCUGCCCCAAGCUGCUCCGCUCCCACGCCGCCUCCUGGGAGAGGUGGGUGGUGUGUUUCGCCCAGGCGCAUCAGCUGUCAGUGCUGCUGCCGCACAUUCCCUUUGAGCACCCCCAGCUCGCCCCAGCAGUCUAUGAGGUCAUACGUGUUUCUUUGCUCUGGGCAACGCGGUUGCUCUUUCCACCAGCCACACUUGCUCCUGCUCCCUGCUCGUAUCAUAGCAGAGACUACAGACCAAGACUACACUUGCACCUCCUCCCCCCUCUCUCCAUUCCCCUUCCUCUCCCCCGUUCCCCCCCAUCUCCCUCCGACCGCCCUCAGAUGGUGCUGUGUGCGUUCCUGCCAUCCCCCGCGGACCAUCCUCUCUUCCUCGCCGUCAUGGUGCUGUGUGCGUUCCUGCCAUCCCCCGCGGACCAUCCUCUCUUCCUCGCCAUCGUGCGCUCGUGGCCACUUGAGACGUUCCAAGACUCUUCCCCCUCACCCUUCCCCCCCCUUCCCCACCAGAUGGUGCUGUGUGCGUUCCUGCCAAACCCCGCGGACCAUCCACUCUUCCUCGCAGUCGUUCGCUCGUGGCCGCCUGCCAUCCUGCCACUGCCCUCCCUCAUCGCCCGCGCACAAGCCCGCCACGCCGCUCUCGCUGCUCACGCUCGCCCCUCCGCGCCCCUGCUCGAGGUGAUGGCAGAAAGGAAGGAAGGGGCUCUUUCACAGGAGGGGACUUUUGAGUCGACUCAAAAGUCCCCUCCGCGCCCCUUCUCGAGCACUGCUGCUUCUGCCGCACUCUGCUGCUGUCCCUCACCCCUGCCCCUCCUCUCAUCACAGGCCUUGGCAGAGCUAUCCAUGAAGAGCAACAACAUACCAGAGGCUCUGCGCUUCUACCUCCUCCUGCCGCUUCUCCUGGCAGUAGAUCCGUCCAGGUGCAUUGCAUUCGUGUCAGCCCGAGUGCGCCUGUUCCCCCCUGCCCGCGUCGUCUACUGCAUCGCUCGCCUGGACGCCGUCCGCUGUCUUCCUCCCUCUCCCUCUCCCCUCCCCACUGCUACCUUAUCUCCUUUUCCUCCCCGUUCUGUUUCUUCGCCUCCUGCCCCUGCUGCUGCUGCUGCUGCUGCAUCUGCCACGGCGCCUCAAACGGGUUUGAGCUCACCAACAACUGCUGCUGAUGGUGCUGCUGUUGCUGUUCCCGCGGGUUGUGAUGCUUCUAGUGCUGCUGCUGAGGAAGGCAUGCAUCCAGGCUCACACAGAGAGGGUGGCAGGAGCAGACCACAAAAGCUACAGCUACUACUACAGCUACACGAGGGUGGGGAGGAGGUGACGGAGGAGGGAUGGGAGGGAGCAGCUGGGAAGGAAAGGGGAGAGGGGAAAGCGCGAGAGGAACGCGAGGAGGGAGAGGACGAGAGGGAGGAAGAGGACGGGGAAGAGGAGGGGGGAGAGGAGGGGCAGGAGUUGGAGGGGGCAGUGGUGCGUGGCAUGGGGAAGGUGUGUGUACGGCACCUCAUGCUACGGUACCUGCACACGGUGUUCUUGAGAGAUGCUGCUGUGGGCAGACGAUGGCACACCAUGCAGGUACACCUGUACGCGGAGUUUCAGCCGUCGUUCCUACUAUCCUUCCUGCGCCGCAGCUCAUUCUACUCCCUUGACGCUUGCUUGCACUGCCGCUGCCUCUUGCACUUCCCUUCCUUAUCCCCAUCCCCUUCCUCCCCCCUUCCUCCCCCCUCCCUCCUCCCGACCCCUCUUGACCCUCUCCCUCAUCCCAUCCGCUCCUCCCUUUCCUCUCCACCGCCCCAAUUCCUCUGCCCCUCCCCUCUCCGCCCCCUCGCACUCCCCUUGGCACCGGUGGUGCCAGGCGUACAGGGCGUGUCAGCAGCGGGGCUUACAGCACGCCAUUGUGCUGCUACAGCAGCAUCCCUACAAAGCCACUCCCUCAAAGCGUACAGGGCGUGCCAGCAGCGGGGCCUACAGCACGCCAUGGUGUUGCUACAGCAGCGCAUGGGCAACCACCACACUGCGCUCUCCCUCUGCCUGCACGCCCUGGGCGACGUUGAUCAGCUGCCAGCUCUCCUGGACCGCUGUCUACCCACCAUCAGUCCGCUGCACCUAGUGCGCAUGCUGCACCCGCACCACCCCGUUCCUCGGUUAAAGCAGCGGCUCAUCCCUCUCCUCCAGUCGGCCUCAUUCCAAGUGGAUAUUGAGCGACAAUCGCACCAACUUGUUCUCGCUGGCUGGUUCAAGCUCUUCUCCUCAUUUCAUAAAGAGGCGUGCAGAGCGGUGCGAGUAGGUUCCUCCGCCUGGCAGUUCAGCCUCUCCGUCCCCCCUUCCGCCUUCGCCACCCCUGCUUUCCUCCUCGCCUCUCCAACCCUCUCCUCCCUGCCGCCUCCCUGGCUGCCUCCCACUCCCAGCGCUGCCUCCGCUGCUGCUGCAGCUGCUGCUGCUGGUACUGAUGCUGGGCUGAUUUUUUCAGAGAGAGGCGGGCGGAGUGAGAGGAGGAGGGUGGUGGAGGAGGAGCAAGGAGGGAAAGCAGGAGAAGGAGGGUCUGGAGUAGGUUCAGGCACAGGGGCAGGAGGAGGUCAUGUUAGUGCCGACAGUGGCGGCGGUAAUGGUGGUGGUAAUGCUGCUGCUGCUGCUGUUGCUACUACGACUGGAACAGAUGAUGCUUCUGUCGAGGAGGCAUCGACUGACAGGGUUUCUUUGUACAAUAGCUCUCACGACCACGCAGCAGCGGCGGCGGCGACAGCAGCAGCAGCAGCAGCAGUGCCGGCAGGCUCCCUUGCGUGUGCAGGCAGCACGCGGUGCUGUGUGUGCCUGGAUUCCAUCUGCUUGUUUGACUCCGCAGCUGUGGUCUUCUUCUGCCGCCACUCCUACCACCGCUCAUGCCUGCUCCAUUCCGCCACCGCCGCUACCGCCGCUGCUGGUGCGGCAGCUGGUGCUGCUGCUGGGGCUUCAGAAGGAAUAAGUGCUGCCACUGCAGGUUCACCCUGGGCGUUCUCUUCUCCUGCUGCUGGUGGGACCUCUAGCAGCUACCUCCCUUCUCAUUUCCUUCCCUUGUUGCCACCUGCUCAACGUCCUUCCUCGUCCCUCCUACUAGCCCACUCCUUCACACAGCCCUCGCAAGAGCUUUCUCCUCGCAUGACAGAAGCAGCAACUGAGAGAGCAUCUGCAACCACUCUCGUACCUCCUGCCACCACCGCCUCCUCACCUGCUGCUGUGACUGCCUCUGCUUCCACCAGUGCAGCUGUCGCCGCAGCUUCACAGUCUGACCUGUCAUGUCUUGAUUCUGAGCUGUUUCCCGCCACACAUGACGUGGCUUGUGCUGUGUCUGACGUGUCUUGGUCUGACUCCCCUAUCGUGGAACGAGUAAGGGCAGUGCUGGAGGGGCAGAGUGGAAGGGCAGAGGAAGGUGGGGGGUUUCUGGGAAUGGGCAGGGGGAGCAGGAGGGGAAGAAGGCGGCAACAGAGAGCUAUGCGGCUCAGUGGGUCCUCUGCCUCUGCUGCUGUUGACUCUGGUGCUGAUUCUGCUGCUCCCACCAGCAAAGAAGGGACUGCUGGGGAUGGUCGCAGUGGUGGUGCGGGUGCUGGUGAUGAUGUUGUUGGUGGUGGUGAUGCAGUGGUAUCAAUACAAGAUGUGGAGACAGCACAAGGACAGGUGGCAGUGGCACCACCACAGGCGCCUCCUGACCUACAAACACAACAAGAGAACAAGGGUGCCAUGGAUGGUUCGGGUAAUGACAAGCAGGCACAUGCUAUUGUGGGAGAAUCGAGAGGUGUGGUGGUGAAAGGGGCGGUGAGGGCAGGGGGUGUUUGCUGGGGAGAGAGAGUAGAUGGACUGGUGUUAAGAUGUGCCAUGUGUGUUGGUGCUGCUGGUGCUACUGGUGCUGUGGGACGGAAUGGUUGGUAG